CUGGUAAAGCCCCGCGUUCGCCUGACAGCAGCAGCACAGCGUGGGUGUCUGCUGUCACCCAAGGGCCCCGUGUCAAGAGCAGAGGGAAGAAGAAGCGCCGUAGAGGAGGAAACCGACGAAAGCAGACAUGGACCUGCGGUCGGAGCUGCUCAAGUCCAUCUGGUACGGCUUCACCGCCCUGGACGUGGAGAAGAGCGGCAAAGUGUCCAAGUCUCAGCUGAAGGUAUUAUCUCACAACCUGUGCACAGUCCUGUCCAUCCCACAUGACCCAGUCGCUCUGGAGGAGCACUUCAGGGACGAUGACGACGGCCCAGUGUCCAGUCAGGGUUAUAUGCCUUAUCUCAACAAAUACAUCCUGGAUAAGGUUGUUGAAGGUUCGUUCACUAAAGAAAAUGUAGACGAGCUUUGCUGGACUCUUACCGCGAAGAAGAACUACCAGCCGGACAGGCUCAGCACCACUGUUCUGCCGGAGAAGGAUGCUUUCCGCCUUUGGUGCCUUUUUAAUUUUCUGUCUGAGGACAAAUAUCCUUUGGUGAUGGUACCUGACGAGGUGGAAUACCUGAUAAAGAAAAUUUGCAUGGCCAUGAGCAUGGAGUGUGUGGAUCUGGAGGACUUCUUCGCCCAAGACUCGGUGCAACAAAGUGGCAUUACUGUUUGGGUUUUUCUGGAGAUGAUGAACUCGGGGAGGAUAACCAGAGGAAUGGAUAAGAGCAUAGCCACCAUGGCGAUAGAGGAAGUGUACAGGGAGAUCGUUGGCGAUGUGCUCAAAGAGGGGUAUCUGUGGAAGAAAGGCCAGCUGAGGAGGAACUGGAAGGAGCGCUGGUUCACUCUGAGGCCGAGCAACUUGUCCUACUACACCGGGGAGGACCGCAAGGACUGCCAGGGAAACAUAGCUCUGGAUGGGAACUGCUGCGUGGAGGUGCUGCCAGACCGAGACGGGAAAAGGUGCAUGUUUUGUCUAAAAACCCUUUCCAAGACAUAUGAGAUGAGUGCCUCAGACACCAAACAGAGACAGGAGUGGACCACAGCCAUUCAAACAGCCAUCAGGCUGCACGUGGAGGGGAAAACAUCUCUUCACAAAGACCUGAAGCUGAAGCGACGAGAGCAGCGCGAGCAGCGGGAGAAGAGGCGACAGGCCAAAGAGGAGGAGCUUCAGAGGCUGCGGGCGCUGCAGGAGGAGCGCGAGCGCAAGCUGGCGGAGCUGGAGCUCCUGAAGGAGGCGCAGAAGCAGGCGCAGGUGCUCCUGGAGCAGGACGAGCAGAGGAGGCGCCAGCAGCACGAGCAGCUCCAGCGGACGCUGGAGAUCCAGCUCCGAGAGGCCGAGGAGGCCCGGGUCAGCAUGCAAGCAGAAAUGGCCCUGAAGGAGGAGGAGGCAGAGAGGCAGCGGAAGCGGAUCCAGGAGCUGGAGGAGAUGCAGAAGCGCCUGGAGGAGGCGCUGCAGCUGGAGAUCAAAGCCCGGCUGGACGAGGAGGCCUUCCGCUACGCUCAAGCAGGGUUAUUGGCUGAGGAGGAGGAGAAAAUGAAGGCUCUGAUGGCCCUGCAGGAGGAACAGGAGGAGUACAUCCUGAAGACCCAACGAGAGAAACAGGAGCUCAAACAGGAAAUGGAGGCCAAGUCCCGGGACCUGGAGGAGGCGCAGAGGCAGCUGGAGGAGGUGCGCGCUAACCGGCACCGGGUGGACCAGGAUGUCGUGGCUGCACAGAGGAAACUUCGCCAAGCAAGCACCAACGUCAAACACUGGAACGUCCAGAUGAACAGACUGAUGCGACCGAUCGGACCCGGUGAGAAGAGACCGUCGCUGGGAAGCGGCUUCGGAUCAUUCCAGAUUCCGAUGCAGAGAGAUCCUGGACUGCAUCUGAGGAGGAGGUCCGGGUCGGAGCAUCAGGACGAGGAGAGCAAGGAAAACGUGGACAACCGAGCUGGGUGCGACUUGGAGAAGCGCCGCUCCCAAGCCUCCAACGGCGACAUGGACAUCCCCUAGAGAUGCCAAUCAGAGAAACUGCUCAGCUCAAAAGACGACUGCCCACUGUUCGAGUACACAUUAAGCUCAAUUCACAGAACUAAAUCCUAACUUAUUGACCUCGUUUUGCAGAAUGCAACUGCAAUUUAAUGAGAAGUGUUCACUGCUCAUCUAAUGCAUCCUGUGAGAUCUGCUCUGGAAAUAAAUGUUGAAAAUGAACUGGGAGCCAUGUGCUGAAACUACAAGCUUGGUUGUGAUGAGUUUGUGGUGCUGCCUACACACCUGAAAGAACCACUUUUGUUUAGCUUUGUAAUAUAUGGAGAUAAUUUUUGAAUUCUAUACAUGUAUGUUGGAGGAGUGGCUUGACUUGACUUAUUGAUGUGAAACGCUGGUUCAGUAUUAGAGUUUACCGCAAUUUCAUUCUAAUUGUAACACUCCUGAUAAACAGGAAAGAGAGAAAGAGAGCGAGACAGAGAGGGAGAGAGAGAGGCGGCAUCAUUCAACUUCCUGUUUCCACUGUCAUGUAACUUUGUUGUAAAUAAAAGCCUGGAUUAAUACAAUAAACUGAUUUCUGCCUUUG